UAUUAUAUAUCUUACUAGAGAAAAAAUCACCAAAAAAGAAAAAAAAAACCCAACAGAACUCAAGAUCUCAGUUUCCGACAACAUGUCGUCAGGAUCCGACAAAGACAGAGAGACAUUCGUCUACUUGGCUAAGCUCUCCGAACAGGCCGAGCGAUACGACGAGAUGGUGGAGACAAUGAAGAAAGUGGCGAAGGUGGACAGCGAGCUGACGGUUGAGGAGAGGAAUCUGUUGUCGGUUGGUUACAAGAACGUGAUCGGAGCAAGACGUGCCUCGUGGAGGAUAAUGUCGUCUAUCGAGCAGAAGGAAGAGUCCAAAGGCAACGAAUCAAACGUGAAACACAUCAAGGGUUAUCGCCAAAAGGUAGAAGACGAGCUUGCUGACAUCUGUAAAGAUAUUCUCACUAUCAUUGAUCAGCAUCUCAUCCCUCACGCUACAUCGGGAGAAGCUACCGUUUUCUAUUACAAGAUGAAAGGUGAUUAUUACCGUUACUUGGCUGAGUUUAAGACUGAACAAGAGAGGAAGGAAGCUUCUGAACAGUCGCUCAAAGGCUAUGAGGCUGCAACACAAGCUGCAAGCACUGACCUUCCUUCGACCCAUCCGAUUCGUCUUGGACUUGCUCUUAACUUCUCUGUUUUCUACUAUGAGAUCAUGAACUCUCCUGAAAGAGCUUGCCAUUUGGCGAAGCAAGCCUUUGACGAGGCCAUUGCGGAGUUGGAUACUCUAAGUGAGGAGUCAUACAAGGACAGCACUUUGAUCAUGCAGCUCCUGAGAGACAACCUUACCCUCUGGACUUCUGAUCUUCCUGAAGAUGGAGGAGAAGACAACAUUAAGACCGAUGAAGCCAAGCAAGAACCGGCUAAGCCUGCAGAAGCCACUGAGAACUGAUCAAAGGCUCUGGAAGUUGAAUGAGUUUAGAUUUGAUGCCCAGAAGGGGGAGGACAAUUCCUUUGAAUUCCAUAGCUUGGUUUUAUCAAGAAGAUGUGAUCAGAAACAAUUGAAUUCAAUCCUAUAUUCAUUUUCUUUUGUUACCUUUUUGUUAUUUACUUUCUUGUCAGUCUCAUGAUAUCAAAUAUUUUAUGAUAUGCAUUUAUCUUAUGAUUUGUUCAGAUAUGUUUUGACUAUUUUUAUGCAGAACAAUCAAUUGUAUUAUCUGCAUAACAAAUAACAGUUAUAUACUGAAAUGCAUAAUAUACCAUAGGAUAAAAA